AUGUCUAUAAAGUACCUAUUUCUAUUGUCCAGGCAGGGAAAGAUCAGAUUGGCCAAAUGGUACGACACGAUUUCUCAAAAAGAGAAGGGUAAAAUCACACGUGAGUUGUCUACUUUGAUACUCUCCAGACGAGCAAAGAUGUGCAAUGUGUUGGAAUACAAGGACAUGAAAAUCGUAUAUAGAAGAUACGCAUCACUCUUCUUCAUAGUAGGCAUUGAAUCCGGCGACAACGAAUUGUUGGCGUUGGAGAUUAUUCACCGGUUCGUGGAGCAAAUGGACAAGAUGUAUGGCAAUGUCUGCGAGCUCGACAUUAUCUUUGGUUUCGACAAGGCAUAUCACAUUCUUGACGAGUUGUUGCUCGACGGUUACAUCCAGGAGAGUUCUAAAAAGGAGGUUUUACGAAGAGUAGGUCAACAGGACGAACUUGAGAAUAUGGACGAAUUGGAUCAAAUAUUGGCAUAG